CUUGCGCAUGCCGCACGUACUGAGUCCGAGUCCGCCGCUCGCUUCGCCGUAAGCUGCUCGCGCCCGCGCGCUUCGUCAAAACCGCGAGUCUCGCGUGGACAAAUCACACUUGUCGCGCUUCGCACCGUCAAUACGCCCGCAAUUGUGUGUUUUAUCAAAGUUUUCACAAAAACUCAAGACUUACUUAAGUUGGUUGCGUUCGAGUGAUAGUGACUUUCAAAACAAUAUGGGAUACAAGCGUUUAAAUUACCAUUAAUUUGAAAUCUUGCUAGCGCAUCAUAUAAAGGACUUUUUGCGCGCAAAGUUUUUACUUAAAGUGUUUGUAAAGGGCUGUUUGUUGUUUUCUAUUACCUGCAAUGGCUUCCGAUGAGGAUUGCAACGCUGGCUUUGGUUAUGGAAUGAUGGAAGCAGCGACACCGUCGCCUUCAACAACAAACCCUUACUCAACAUGUAUCUCUCCGUCCAACUCGCCCUCUCCAAUGCUACCUCAGAAUCAGUAUCACAUGACGCCUAGAUACGAGUAUCAGGAUCAGGAUACCAUUCCAGCAUCGCAAGUGCUUCCACAAGUCAUGCAGAAGGAAGCUGGCGUAUGGGACAUGUCUCAGAAUAUUUAUCAAGAAUACCGAAAUUAUGAUAAUAGAUUUUCUACAACGGAUGUCUACAUGAGGCAAACCUACAACGACAGUAUCCCUGUGUUCGCCCAGACGCGGCCAACCUAUGGCAACAAAAUCGCCGCGCAAGGACAAAAAGUCGCCAAGGAGGUGCGGAUACGUCGACCCAUGAACGCAUUCAUGGUGUGGGCUAAAGUGGAGCGCAAAAAGUUAGCCGAUGAAAAUCCAGACCUUCACAAUGCCGAUCUAAGCAAAAUGCUAGGUAAGAAGUGGCGUUCUUUGGCACCUUCCGAUCGCCGACCGUACGUGGAGGAAGCCGAACGACUACGUGUGAUACACAUGACAGAACACCCCAACUACAAAUACCGGCCGCGUCGCCGUAAGCAUAACAAACAAAGAACAGGACCGGGCGCACAGACCGGACCACGAGUAGGUACUUCGCUGCCUUCGCCAGGGUUACCGAAUGUUUCGCCAAGAUAUUCCGGCUACAUGCCCAAUGCUCUCUCGCCAAGCGCGAUUCAGCAGCAGAGUUUUGGCAUGGAGAAUUAUAGCAAUCAGGGUAGUAAUGAACGCUACAGUCCGUUCCCAGCAAAGUAUCCUACCAACCAGCAGACCUACCAAAGCUACUACACCAACUAUCAACAAAAGAGUCCCUAUACUCUCCACACUCCGGAAACAUCUCCGACACAUUCCCCGGAACCCAACAAGACUUUAAUCAAAACCCCUAAAAGCCCUGAGAAUAAAGAUUCCAGCGCUGAAGAACCAGUACUACCUACUCCCGAGUUGUCUCCGCUGGAACAAGAGCAGCAGUUUGAGGAGAAGCGUGCGAGUAAUAUUCAACACACUAGCAGUCCAAAUUUCCGAGUUCAGAACUACCAUCGCCAGCCGGUGAGCGUCAACUAUACUAGUGCACAACCCAUUACCUCGGUACCAAUGGCCAAUGGAAUGUAUGUGAUGUGCGCGAAUAAGUCCAGCGUUGAGCAGGGACACGUAGUCACUGGUACAUUCUAUCCACCGGUUGCAACCUCACAAGAUCAGCAACUUUUGGGCACGGGAGCUCCUCAAAUCAACACUGUUUCAGUUGCGAGCAACACUCCAAGCACAGUGCACUACUAUUCAACUAAUCUGGGACAAUACUACAACAAAGAUGGACACGUAGCUACGCAUUACUACAAGGAAGAGAUGCCACAUCUCAUGCAGCAACAGGCACAACAAGACGCUCAGGAUAACUUGGUCUAUGCCAAUACUGGCAAUGUGGUGAUGCCAAAAGGUGAACAGGAUUAUGAUCUUAGCAAUCAAUACAAGGUGGAUUCCUAUGCGUACAACAGUACACUGGUGAACUAUAUUCCGUCGGCGCAUGCCAAUAGUCAACCACAUCCACCACACCAGUCGUUGGAGGAACGCAGUGACGUCGAAAGCGAUGUCGACUCACGUGAAUUCGACAAGUAUCUUGAUAGUAACAUAGACUCCAAUCAUAAUUAUCAUCAUCAUCGGGUAAACAACGCGCCUGGUAGCAAUGAAUUGGGUACUACACCGGUAUCGAACAUGACUACCUACAAUUUCCACCAACAAGCUGCUACGACUGUGCAACACACAUCGGUGAUUCUACCAAACACGAAUGUCAAACAUGAGUCACCAAUGAUGGCCGCCCAUUAUCAGGAUAUGGUGUAUCACCAUCCCGAGCUACAAAAUGGUAAUGUUAAAAACGACGACGAUUUCAGCGAGAUUCUCGCCGACGUGCGGAAAACUUGUUACAGCAAUUGAUUUCCGAAUUCACUAUCAUUCCUGGACCGCAUUAAAACCAAGUGCAAUAAUAUAAUUAGUUCAAUCGAACUCACUACAUAAGAACGGUGCUAAAGUGAAGUGGACGCAAAACUACAUUUAUCCAAUAUAAACUUAAUUAUUCCACGCAAUUAUUCCUUUCAAAGUGUAAAUAUUAAGCAUAGAAAACACAAGAUCUUUUUUUUUGUAAAAAAUAUCCUAUAUUUUCACGAUACUGUACAUAUUUCAAUUAAAUUUAGGUUUUAGUGUAGAAUAUAUUAAGCAAUUCUUUUUUUACUUAGUAGAAAUUAUCGCAGUAAGUUCUGCACACAAGUAACUUACAUUUCAACUUUAGUUAAAUUUGACGACGAGUACAAAGUACUUAAAAUAAUGCAAACUUUUGUUAUCGCCGACGCAGCAAUACGAAAACUGAUUCUCCUCGUUAGUACGUUUUUAUAUUAAAUGUAAAGCCAAAGUGUGUGUGUAUGUAUAUGUUGUAUCAUAUUUGGAAGUACUUGUUUAAUUGCACAUUAUUAUUGUAAUUUUGUAAUUUUAUUGAUAUUUUUGAACAUUCUGUAUAUGCUAUGAUUACUGUCGUUAGUUCUUACUCGUGUACUUAUUUUAACAAACACACUAAAUUUUAAUUAUUAUUGAUUGAAAAAUUUAUUAUUAUAGACAUAUAUGGGCAAAAAAUAUACAAAACUUUUCAUAA